AUGUCAUCCGAGCUUGAAUUAUUAAAACAGCAUAUUACUGAACUUGAGAUGGGGAAUGCAGAGCUUAGGAAAGAGAAUAUUGAGAUCUCUGAUUUUAGAAGAAAGAUCUCAGUGUUUUAUAGUGAGAGAGCUGAACUUAUAUGUAUAAUUGCUAAGACUCUAAAAAUGACUAAGGAAGAAAGACGAGGC